AUGUAUGAACAAAACGAAGAAAAAGAGGACGAUAGCAAAACUACGGAAAGCAACGAGGAAACUAAAACUCGACAACAAAAAAAUGCUGCAAAGAAAGCUCGACAGUUCAGUUUCGAGACGAUGUUCACGGAAGUCAUGCAAAGCGCUCUCACGCGAACAACUGAAACCUUCGGUAAAGAAGGCGUCGAAAAAACAGCCGACGAUAACAAACGUUUUCAUCGAGAGCAGUCCAAGUCUAUCAGAGAACAUCACUAUGCUUUUGAUGAAUUUGUAAGCUCUUCGUUGUCAAAACCAGCUGGAACAUCAGUUGAAGAUUUAGAAAGUGACGAUGAUUUUGGAGAAUUUUUUGUCCCAUUACCUGAAGGCUUUGUGCCAGAUAAAAAAAUAUUCGAGACAAAAAAAACCACGGACUGCGAUGGUGAUGAUGAUGAAUUCGAUGAUUUGGAUGAUGGAGUUCCUGUUGUUGACUUAAUACCUGCUGCUUCAGAAGCACAGUUGCGUCAUGGGAAGAAACCGGUGUCGGCACUGGCGUUUGAUCAUCAAGGUACGAAAUUUGCUAGUGGUGGAUAUGAUUACACUGUGAAUUUAUUUGAAUUUCAGAAGAUGGAUUUAAGUUUACGAUCUUCACGUGAGCUUAUGCCUUGUGAAAGUCAUAUCAUCAAUGGAUUAGCGUUUAGUUCGAACGGUGAAAAGUUGCUAGUUGCUAGUGGUCAUGCACAAAUUCGUAUCCUAGAUCGACAGGGUAAACAAUGGGCUGAAACUGUUCGUGGUGAUCAAUAUUUGGUUGAUUUGUCUAAUACCAAAGGACACUCAGGAUCUGUCAAUUCUUGCUGUUGGCAUCCAGUUGUGAAAACAGAAUUCUUGUCUUGCGCUAAUGAUGGAACUUUGAGAAUUUGGUCUACAGAUGAUUACAAAGAAAUCACACAUUGUAUCAAUAAGCAGCGUAAAGUAAUCAAAACAAAAAGUGCUAGUGGCAAAAGAACUAUACCGACGACAUGUUGUUAUUCUCGAGAUGGGAAAUAUAUUGCGGCUGGAUGUGAUGAUGGAUCUAUACAAAUAUGGAAGCAUGGAAAUCUUUAUGUUAAUACCGCGUAUUUGAAUAGAACAGCUCAUACCGCAUCGGUUACUUCAUUGCAAUUUUCACCAAACAGUAAACAAAUUCUCUCAAGAUCACUUGAUGGCACGUUAAAGUUAUGGCAACUUGAAGCAUUUAAUAAACCAUGCCAUAUUGUGGAGGAUUUGAAAAAUGAAUUUAUAAGCACAGACUGCGGUUUUGCGCCUCAUGGUGAAAUGGUCUAUACUGGUACUUCUUUUGAUGAUAAGAAUGGAUCUGAUGGAGUGCUCGCUUUUUUUGAUUCGAAAUCCUUCGAUCUUAUUUAUCGAAUCACGUACCCAAAUUUAAGUUGUAUUAGGAUCUCUUGGCAGCCAAAAAUUAAUCAAAUACUUGUUGGUUUGAGUGAUGGUUCACUCCGAUUGUAUUAUGAUCCUGUAAGCAGUUUAAGAGGUGCUUUACUUUGUGUUUCACGGCCACUGAGAAGGGCUCGUCAACAGGAAGUAAUUCGUGAAGAAUUAGUGCUAUCACCACUGACCUUAGAAAUGUUCCAACCAAGAGGUGAGGAAGGUGAGGAAAAGGAAGUUACAACUUGGCGACUGAAGAAAUAUUUGCGUAUGAUGGACAACAGAUUGCGUCCUGACUUCCGAAAGCCUGCUGAUAUGCCGAUGAGUGGACCAAGUUCGGGUGGUCGAGUAGCUGCUUCAGGUGGAACAUUGCAUUCGUAUAUCGCUAAACAAGUAGGUACAAAAAGGAAUCGUGAUUUCCUUGCGGAUACUGAUGUCCGUGCUUCUAUUUUACGUCAUGCUGAAGAGGCGGAGAAAAACCCAUACUAUGUCACGAAGGCAUAUCUGAAAAAUCAACCAGUUACAAUUUUUCAAGAAAAGACAACCGCCCCAGAAGAGGAAGAAGAAAUUGAUAAAGAACUAGAACCACUGUAUAAGAUUUCAAAAAAGUAA